AAACACUAUCUGUCACUCUCCCACCAUUAUCUUCCAUUCAACCUUCGGUCAGCACUUGUCUACUUUCAGUUCCGUGCCAUCUCACCAGGAUCCUCAGGAGCACUACUUUUCUCCUCUACUGCCUACAACCACAACCAUUUCCGCCUGAUCGUGCGUAUCUCAACCCCGCGGGGUCAUGGAUCACUCCGUCAAUCUCCGCCGCAAGGAUACUACCAAGGGCCCUCCCUUGAGGAUCCUCUCGCUAGAUGGUGGCGGCGUCCGGGGCUAUUCCAUGCUCAUUAUCCUCCAAGAACUCAUGUACCGUGUCUACGUUGAAUGCGAAGGAAAGGCACCUCGUCGUGAGGAGAUUCCCAAACCAUGCGACCAUUUUGAUCUGAUCGUUGGUACCGGAACCGGCGGUCUCAUUGCCCUCAUGUUGGGCCGUCUCCGCCUUGACCUCGAAACCUGCAAGGAAGUCUAUGUGCGCAUGACCCGCAGGGUCUUCGAAACCGACAAAACCAUUGCCGGCAUCCCAUUUCGCUCCACCUUGUUCAAGGCUUCCAGACUCGAAGAGGCCAUUCGCGAAUGCGUCCGUGAACAUACCGUUUUCGAGGCUGAGGGGAACGACAUGACCCCCGGCAGCGCGCGAAGUUCACUCGCCGGUGCCCCCUAUAGCCCCAAUGCGAUCGCCAUUCCGCAGCGCUCGGGUAGUCGCGCUAGUUUCAGCACCACCAGUACGGCACAUUCGUCCGGUCACAACAGUCAUCGCAAUUCUACAUUUGUGAACGGCUUGCGGUGGGGAAACCCGGAUGCGUUAUUGUAUGACAAUCGGGAAUAUCGAACCAAAACCGCGGUCACCGCUCUCUACAAAGGUACUACCAGAAAUGGGUCGUCUGUCAUGCUCCGUUCAUACGAUUCCCGCAGAGAGCCCCCACCCGAGUUCAAUUGUACAAUCUGGCAGGCCGGUCGGGCCACCUCGGCCACCGGAAUGGCUUUCAAGCCGAUCCAGAUCGGCCAACACGUGUUCAUUGAUGAAGGGGCCGGCACCUAUAAUCCGGCGCCCCAGGUAUUGGACGAAGCGACGGUGAACGAGUGGCCGGGCCGUGAAGUAGGUGUGUUCGUCAGCGUCGGCACCGGCAAGCGACCGCCCGGCACGAACAACCGCCAACACGAGUGGUGGGAGGAUUUCUUCGGAGAUGCGCUGGGCUCGUUCGCGGAGGCACGUCGGCGACUGAUCGCCAAAAUUGAGGGCUGUGAAGACAUUCAUAUGGCCAUGCUGCGCGACCAUCUUUCGAAGCGCAACGUCAGCCAGGAUAACUAUUACCGAUUGAAUGUUGAGGUCGGGGUAGGCGAGUUCGGCAUGAACGAGUGGAAUCGCCUGGCGGACAUCAGCACCAAUACAAGGCGCUAUCUGACUCGACCAGAGGUAAAGCGACAGAUCCUCGAUGCAGGGGUCAAAUUUGCCAAAAUCAACCGACAGCAUCGACGACUGGCCGACCAUGCGGCGGCGACUGGAGGGAAUGAGGCAGGCGAGGAGACCAGUUCCAUCCUGGGCAGUCCCGUUUUGUCGGUGCAGCCUCAGUUGCCCCAUCCGAUGGCGGUGGAAUUGCCUGCCGAAUUGCCAGGCGAUUUUGUUUUACGACCGAUGACGGCGACCGAUGAUACACUCUCCGCGCAUCCGACGCCGCACGAUGCAGUCCUAGGGUCCCCAGCGCGUGGCUCAGGCAGUGAUCUGGCCAGUCCAAGUCCUCAUGGAUCUUCGCGGCCUAGUUUUGAGCUGCCGUCGCAUCAUAACGGGGAAGAAAUGCCUCCACCCGUGCCCCCGAAAACCCCCAUCCCUUAUCCUGACCAUCCCAGUGAACUUGGGGGAAUCCCCAUGCCGAUGCCGACAGUGAUGCCUCCGAUGACGACAAAUAGUGGCCACGGUUAUUCCGGGGCGGGCGGGAAGACCCGACCGCCAUAUCCUAUGGAUGAACCCCCCGUGGUGAACAAGCAGCGGAAACCGAGUUAUCAUGUUCGAUGAGGGAGAUGAUUCUAUGUAAUGAUCUGCCUAAUACUUUGUGGAAUGGAGAAAGGGGGGCUGCUGACGUUAUGGUGUCAGGAUACCCGAAGAAGUCCCGUCGAAAGCAUAGUGGAGGAAAGGAGGCCCGAGGAGUUUGACUGAGGACUUAACUUGAUGAUAUUGAAUCGAAGGAUACCC